GAUUGUUUUAUUAAAAGGGUAUUGUUAAAGGAAGAAGUUGCCUCAUGCAUCGUUUAUUUUGGUUUGAAAUUAAGUAACAAUGUCCUUUCCAUUGAAGAGCAUAAUCUCGUCUCUUCCUUUACCAUCUAUCAUCAGAAAUCGCUUUUAAAAGGUGAGUGUUUCUAGAAAGAAUCACUUGAACAUUUACUAUUUCAGGUUGAUUGAUUUGUAAAUUAGUUUUAGAUGUAGCGCUGGUUCGAAACGCGACUUGAGUAGUCGAUCACAUAUUUUUAGUUCUUUGCAUUGUUUUGCACCUAUCCUUAAGAUAUUAACAUAUUUAUUUGUCCCAACUACUUCUAUUUUUGUUAACCUUCUUUUUUACUUUCCAAAGAAAGACGAAAAAAGAACUUUUUUUACCUUUUAUUGCUACCCCUAUUAAUGCUCCAAAUUGAAAAAUAAUUGUCAGAAUGAAGUUUAUUGACCUAUUUCGAAACUCUCGGGCUGUAACUCUGGCUCGCAUUUUACCAGAAGAGUUAUCUGUAAAACCCGAGAAUGCCUGUUUCCCAUCUUUGCAGGCGUUAACCGCUAAAAAAUCCCAGCGAAAUCGAGGUGAUUGGGGCGUGAAGCGGAAAUUCCCAAUUUUUAAUACCCGUUAUAUAUCCGUUGAUCAAUUUGAUACUCCUGAACAUCAAUGCUCUUUUUCCGCGUGCGACCGCUUUGUGCGGACGUUGAAACGCAUACAUGAUUUAAACCUCCCAGUUACGAAAAGGAAGGUUGAAGAUUAUGAUAAAUUUGCUCAAUUUUUCGUUCCUCAAAGUUUUCCAUACAGCAACGCUUAUCUUGCUCAAAAACCCAAUCUUCAGCGUGGUGCUCUAUAUGCUAAUAUUCAAUUAUUGGACUCUUCGUCCAAACAAGAAGCCACGCGUUCAAGGAAGAAUACAUUUAUAUCUACUAAGAACGUACCAUUACCGUUUUCUUAUGGAAGGUCCACCGCCUCCUCAAAGGAACUUAUGUUUGGAGUAGCUGGUAUCAUCACUUCUUCUGGUACCACGAAAGAUCUUCAUCCCAGUGAUAUGUCCUUUUAUGUUCAAUCUCUAAGUGCAGAUAAAAAUGGUCGGAUAAUACCAAAUUUAAUUAGGAAAAAUAAGUUACUUCGAGCGGAUUUGUUUUGAAUUCCAUAUAUUUCUUUUGUCAAAAAAGCUGCACUUAAGCGUCAUUGAUGAAUCGCCUUCCUUCUUUGAAUGCUUCUUUCUCAUAGUCUCCUUGUGAGGUUUGAACUUCCUGAUUGCUCCUUUCAAUACCGGCUUGUUACAAUGCCCUUUCAAAGUCUUCGCCUGACCUUGGAGUUUUGAGCUUCAUAUUGGACGCUGAUUCAGCAUGCUGUCAACCUUCUUUUUUAAUUUCAUGCUUUACAAUCCCAUCUUUACAUCGAAUAUCUAAAGGGAUCAAUUUUGUUUUGAUUUCAAUAAUGUAAUCUGCUGAUCUGGGUCAUUUUCCCACUAUUCAUGUUUGAUUAAUAGUUCAAAAUUCUGUAAAUGUAUGUGCUUGCAAUAUGCGAAUGCCUCUUUCUGCUAAUUAACCUAAUUUACAUCUUGAUGAAAAUAUAACUUAACCAAAUCCUAAAGCUAUUUACGAG